UUGGAGCGCUUCAGAAGAACCGGGUCCGUGCAGAGAGGGGUAACCACUAUUCUCGCUUCCUUUGAAUCUUCUACAGGUCCGGCGAAAAUCUGAAAGCACAAGCAUUGCUCAAGAUGGACCGAUAUCAGCGAGUGGAGAAGCCGAAGGCGGAGACGCCGAUUGGCGAGAACGAGAUUCGUAUCACUAGUCAAGGAAGGGCGCGAAACUACAUCACCUACGCCAUGACUCUUCUUCAGGAAAAAGGUUCAAACGAAGUUGUCUUCAAGGCAAUGGGAAGGGCUAUCAAUAAGACUGUGAAUAUAGUGGAGCUGGUCAAGAGAAGGAUUGCUGGUCUUCAUCAGAACACAUCUAUUGGAUCCACAGACAUCACAGAUACAUGGGAACCUCUAGAAGAAGGCCUUCUACCCUUGGAGACCACAAGGCAUGUUUCAGUGAUAACCAUAACCCUAUCCAAGAACGAGCUGAAUACAUCCUCAGUCGGAUACCAGCAACCAAUUCCUGUUGAAUUGGUGAAACCUUCACCAUCUGUUGAAAACGAUUAUGAAGGACGAGGAUCACCUAGAGGCAGGGGAGGAAGGGGCAGAGGAAGGGGAAGAAGUAGCAGAGGGAAUGGAUUUAUGAAUGCAGAAUAUGAAGAUGGAGGUUGGGAUCAUAGCCCGGGAUAUGGUCGGGGAAGGGGUCGUGGAAGAGGACGAGGGUCUCGUGGUCGGGGAAGAGGAGGAUACAGUAGUGGGCCACAGUAUGAGAUGCAGCAGGACGGAGGUUAUGGAUACGAUGCACCUCCUCAAGGUCGCGGACGUGGACGCGGAAGGCGAGGCCGAGGUGGAUUCAACAGAUCUAACGGCCCGUCUAUCGAAGCAGCUGCCUGAGUCGAGGUUGUGCUUAUCAUCAAAUGGAUAAUGCCCUUCUGCAUCUUUUGAUCUGUUUUCCGUUUGAUGAUACAAAUUAUUAUCUGUGACUUUGAGUUUUGUUAAGAAGACAUUAGGUUUUUUAACAUAUGUUCAUUGUUUUUUUAGGCAGAACACAACUUUUGGGUUUUUUUUUUUAUAAAAAAAAUUGUUAAUGUGAUGGAACAGUUUAUUCUUUUAGUUUUCCUUGAAAGCGUUUGUAAUGUAUGACGUUAAACACCACUUUCCGGUUCAGAUGAUUA